AGGCAUCAAUAAAAUGUCAGCAAAGCUUCCCAACAGCCUCAGUUAUCAGCUGAAGAGCAAUAAGGAAGACAUGUUUGUUACUCAUUAACUCCAGCAGACUUUCUACCCUUCGGUCUGGACUGCAUCAAGAGACCUGAACACUUCAGUAAGUUCACCAAAGAUUUUCAUUUGGGAACAGGCCAAAAGAUGAGCGACAUUUUAGAGGAUGAAGGUGAUAUCUCCUUCACUGUAAAGUUUCUCGGCCGGGUCAAGGUGGUCCGGCCCUCUGGACAGCAGAUCCUGGAGGAAGCUGUUCAGAGUCUGAAGUCACCUGAUAAAUUCAACUCAGAAAAAGCAGCGAAGAAGAGCAAAGUCCUCAUCUUCCUGUCCAUGAGCGGGAUUGACAUUUUGGAACACAAAACCAAGUUCCUCCUGUACUCCUGCCCUCUCCCCACCGUCUCCUUCUGUGCCGUCCUGCGCGAUUCCCCCAAAGUCUUUGGCUUUAUAGCGCAGCAUCCUGCGGCUGACAUGUACCACUGCUACCUGUUCCAGAGCCAGAAGCUUGCUCCUGUCCUGGUGUCAGCUAUCGGCGAUGCUUUUCGAGCUUCAAAAAAGGAGCAGAACGUCAGAGGAGGGAGAGACCUGGUAGUGGAGGCACUCAGACACAAGAAUAAAGUGCUGCAGAGAGAAAACGACGAGCUGAGAAAGAAGCUUGGAGGACACAUCUAUGAGGUUUUGUCGUAAUGUUUGGACACACGGAUGAAAUUAAGGGACAGUUCCAUAAAAAUAUAAACGGUGGACGCAAGUGUGGGUGUGUGACUGUGGUGGUGCAUAAAAAAUAUAUGCAAACACAUACAGAUAAAUAUACAGAGUAAACAACAUGACAGAUGAGUUCAAUUCUAUUUCAUUUGGAAAUGAAAUAAGUUUAUGAUUUUUUUAGCCUUUGACGUGAAAUGAAUGUCCAUUUGUUUAAAAAAAGGAUUAUGAUCUUUACUGUAUUUAAUUUACUGUAUUUAAUCUUUUCUUUCCACCUUUAUUUGAGUGCUUUUACUGCAACCAGUAAUAUCAUAAACUUGAUUUUUGAAGUCAAUCACGAACAACAAUAUGUUGUUUUUUUUUUUUUUUGGCAAGAAAAAGCUAACAGGAAAUAAAAAAUAAAUUUGAGAGUUAAAGCAGACAAUGUAUUUUGCAGGCUCUGUGUAUUUUUCCGGCAGUUCGUUUGAAACAAAAAAUGAAAAAGCAAAAGCAGAACCGUCUUUUCGUUUUUUCAACCAAAACGAUAAAUUGGAUAUCAAACCGGUCCGUGUAUUUUCAGGCAGUGUGUGAAGAAAGUGCACAAAACGAAAAUGGGAAAACCGGAUAACGAACUCUCAAUUUCAAUUUUCAUGAUCUCGUUUUUGACAGGCGGUCUGACCCGGAUGUCCUCUGUGUCCGGCUGACUCGGGUCCGUUUCACUCAUGGACAUUACAAGUCAGUUUAAGCAAUGCUCCUGUAAGAAACAGAUCAUACCAGACAUGGCAGACACCAAACAUUGAACAUCACCACAAAUGCAGCAUCCCCAUUGUGCAGCAUGCUGGUGGCAGCAUCAUGCUGUGGAGAUCUUUCUCAGCAACAGGCCCUGGAAAGCUUGCAAAGGUAGAAGGGGAAAUAAACCACAACUUCAGAGAAUCAUCCGGCUAAAGCCACACAGAGAUGGUUUGAAAACAAACACGACGGAUGUUCUAGAAUGGCCUAGUAAAAGCUCAGACUUCAAUCCCACAGAGAAUUUGUGGCCGAUCCCCACACAACCGGACUUUGACUCACUUUCACAUGAAGAGGUUUGUUUUGUAUUUUAUUUGUUAAAAAGCAAAUUUUGUUGAUGAUUGAUUUUUUUAAAAGCA